UGUUUUGGAGCAAAUCUCUUCGUACGCACCUGGAUCGACCUGUUGCUCAGAGAUUCCAGCAAGUCUACAGCAAUUUCUACAUCCAAAAUGAGACAUCGCUGGAUUUUGUCGCACCUGGUAUUGAUUUCACUGCUUGUGAGUCCUUACCUGGGAAUGCUGACUUUGCCUGAAAGCUUCAAAGACGCAAACGCGGAGAAAGUGUUUGGAUCAUUGAAGAUUGUCAGUGCAUAUAGCAAUGACGGACGGAACAAACGCGACAUCUCUGACAGCUUCCCUGAACACAUAUCGUGUGAGCUGAGGGUUUCAGGAGAAACAAUGGGACUUGAUCUACACCGUAACAGAAAUGUUGACGGCAAGAAGCCAGUUUAUGUCAUGCGAAAUGGAAAGAUAGUGCUUGAAACAAUAAGCACCUUAAAGGAUGUGGAGUACUUCCAGGACACAGAGAGUGGCGCUGCCUUAGCCGUUAUAUGCGAGACUAAGGCUGACGGAACAUGUGAAUACCGUGUGGAAGGAAUCGUGACCAUGGGAGGAGACAGGUAUCUUGUUUAUCCAACUGAAGAACAACAGGAGCAGCACCCAGGAGUGUCAUACGCGGAGGGUGAAUCGCCAUAUGUGGUGGAAAAACUGAACUCAACUGUGACGAACUUCAGUGAUUAUAUAGUUUCGGACUUUGUUCCCCAGACUGUGCCCGAAAGAUUCGGCCGUGUCCGAAGAAAGACGAAAAAAGUCAACUACAAUGUGGAGUUAAUGAUGGUCACCGACACUUCCGUGUACAAGUUCUGGUUUGACAAAACGGCAGCAUCCACCACAACUGAGCGGAGAGCCCUGACCCUGUCCAGGAUAAGACAGUACUACGCUUUCGUUGCUAAUGCCGUUGAUCUGCGGUAUAAAAACAUCAAGGAGACAGACCUGGCGCUGAACGUACUAUACAGUGGACUGCUUAUUAUUGAGGAUCCCACUGUAUCCUUCUGGACGGAUGGGAUAGCGAGAAAUAACCCAGAAGACGCCAGUCGGAAGAUGAUUGACUCGGACCAGGCGUACACUUCAUUCACACAAUGGGUACAGGGGCGCAAGGAUUUGCCGAAGUCAGAUCACGUGAUGCUCUUCACUGCUUACGACCUAUCCAGAAAGGGUGAAACGUCAAAUACAGGUUUGGCAUACGUUCGGUCCAUUUGUAGCAGACGCAGCACUUCAAUCUGCGAGAACCUGUUUGACUUUGAUAGAGUUGAAACUGCAGCCCAUGAACUUGGUCACAGCCUCGGAGCUUCCCACGAUGGUGAUGGCAACGCAUGCCCAGCUGCAGAUAGUUAUAUCAUGACACCCACGUCCGGUCUUGCGAAAGGUGCCAAUGCAAAGAAUCCUUGGUAUUUCUCUUCUUGUUCCAUAGCAUACUUCCGGGAGAAGAUUCGACAACUUGACAGUGCCGAUGACAACUGUCUGCUGUCCGAGAGUUCAUCACUUGACCGCACGAUCUUGACCCCUCUGCUUCAAGCCCUUCCAGGUCAGGUGUACCACAUUGACACUCAGUGUGCUUAUAGUCAUGGAGAAAGUUCAACAUUUUGCAGGAGCUUUUAUAACCAGACGUCGUACGAAGAUAUAUGUACUGGUCUCUACUGCUCCAUUCCUGGAACCACCUUUUGUAGAAAGGUGAUGCCGGCUCGUGGGACGUCUUGUGGACAAAAUAAGUGGUGUGACAACGGCGCAUGCGUGUACAAUAGCAAUGCCCCAGCUGUCUCAGCGUCUUGCCCACUUGAAGAAUAUCCGGGUGUAAUCAACCGGCUGAAUUUGACAUGCACACAGAUGAUUCAGUCUCGGAGUGACCUCUGCUACCGGGAACAUUUUAACCAACAGUGCUGUGAAUCUUGCCCAAUGAUACAAACAAACCAACCAAAUUGUCAGUUUGGAGACAAGUCUUCAAGUUGUGGUGAAAUAUCAGCUGCACUUUGUUAUAUACCUAAAAACGAAGAUCUCUGCUGUGAGAGUUGCGCUAAGUUGAAAAGAGCGAAUCAACCAGAGUGUCAGUUUGGAGACAAAGACCCCGAUUGUAGUAACAUAACUCCUGCACAUUGUUACGUUCCGAAGAACGAAGGCAUUUGCUGCGAGACCUGCGCAACGUUCAAAAAGAGAAACCAAACAGGCUGCGUGUAUGGAGACAAAUCUACUAGUUGUAGUGGUAUACGUCCUUCGCAGUGUUACUCACCUAGCAACGAAGACUUGUGCUGUGAGACAUGCGCAAAGUUCAAAAGAAAGGAUCAACCAGGAUGUCUGUUUGGAGAUAAGUCUACAAAAUGCAGCGGUAUAAAAUCGGCUCAUUGUUAUACAGCUAGCAACAGAGACUUAUGCUGUGAGUCGUGUGCAGAGUUAAAGAAAACGGGUCGCCCAGGUUGUGAGUAUGGGGACAAGUAUACUGGCUGCAAAGUAAAUGACUGCACGUCACCUUCGUAUAUAAAGAAUUGUUGUGGGAUGUGCAACAAAUAAGUCACAGGUUAAAGCUCCAGUUGAACGAAUGACGGUCUUGUUGGUCCCUAUUACAGUGGCUACAUCUACUAUAGAUCAGCAAUCAACAGAGACACAACCACUGAACAACUAUAUAGCAGCCUUUUUAAUGUAUGAGAAACAUCGCCGCGGAUGGAGAUCCUUCUGUUCAUAUCUAUUAAUGCUAACGACUUUAAUACUUUUGUAACAUAUUUCGCAACAUGGACUGGUGGUCACAGUGGAAUAUUAAACAUUUUUAGCUAACCUUGAAGUCACUUCGCUUUUUUAUUUUAUUUGUUUCAGACGUGUGUGAAGACGCACUGAAGAAAUUUUCACUUACACAUGUGCAAGAGUUCGGUCAAAAACUUCUGUGUGUAUUUGAAUCCCCAUUAGUGUUUACCCCGAGGGUUGUAUUCUUGUGUCAGCUGAAACGAAUGUGUCAGUGCAGAAAGAGAACAGAGAGCGAUGUAUUUCAGUAUCUUUCUGCGGCGCCACGUUCAAACCCCAGAGAUUUGGGGAGUGGAAAUGUAGUUCGCGAACAGUGAUCAACUGUAAAAUUGUGACACUCGGAAUCUGGUUUUCGUGUGGGAUCAACUCGAGAUUCAAUACGGGAGUUUGGAGUUACACGGUGAUGUCGUUGCCUUGCAGCACAGCAUGUUCGGCAGUACAUUUUAACAAGGGCCCGGCAUAUAAUAAAAUAAAAGAUGAUUUCCCUUGUAAAUCUUCUAAAAAAAAUAUUUUAAGAAAUAAAAGUAAUCGAUUAUGGACAGGUUUCAUUAGUGUAAGCACUACUCACCUUUGCUUAUUCGUGGCCUCAUGAUGUCAUAACGUCGAAAUUCCGAACUCCCGUGUUAGCAUGGCAUAUGCCAUAUGAAAGUCCUGAAUUAGCAUGGCAUACGCCAUAUGAACUCCUGAAUUAGCAUGGUAUAUGCCAUAUGAAAUCCCGUGUUAGCAUGACAUAUGCCAUAUGAACUCCAGUGUUAGCAUGGCAUAUACCAUAUGAACUCCCGUGUUAGCAUGGCAUAUACCACAUGAAAUCCCGUGUUAGCACGGCAUUUGCCAUAUGAACUCCCGUGUUAGCAUGGCAUAUACCAUAUGAACUCCCGUGUUAGCAUGGCAUAUGCCAUAUGAACUCCCGUGUUAGCAUGGCAUAUACCAUAUGAAAUCCCGUAUUAACAUGGC